AUGGAUCCUCCUAGCUUAGAUGAACCGAAGUCUAAAACAGGCUUUCCAUCCCCAAGUGGUGUUGUUGCGCUACCACCACAGUCCAGCGAGCAAGGGCGUAAAAGGAAGCUAUCUAAUAGUUCGGAUGAUGGUUAUGUACAACCAGAAGCAAAGCACCAGCUGAUAGAAGUAGCGAAAAAUAUCGAUAAAACGACAGAAUCAUCUUCGCCUAAUGGGCACGUUAAUAUUUUAGAUCUCAGUGAUGAAAUACUACUGUUAGUAUUUUUACACUUGAACAGCAACAGCUUGCUGUUGCUGUCAAGAGUUUGCACCAGACUGCAACGAAUAGUGGCAGAUAAAACGCUAUGGACGAAAGCAGAUUUUAGCUCAGCAAAAUUAACAACAGCGGAAGUACAGCAACGUAUACAAUACUUACAACCAGUUACAACGAAAAGCUUAAAGCUGCGUGGUAUGACCAGUGUGUAUCCUGCAGAGCUGUGGAAUGUACCAACCCUAACGCCUGGCAUCCUGAAGGCAAUCGAAACACGCUGCACUUUGCUAGAGUGUAUGGAACUUACAGAGGCAUAUUUAGAUAUGAACGAAAUCAGCAUCGCAUUGUUUCCUCCCACCUUACGUUCGCUGGUAUUGAGGAAGUGUGCAUUGUCGGUCCAAAACGAUAACAACCAGUUCGUAAUGCAACAGCAGCAAAUGCGUUCAUUUUUAUCGAACAUGUACAAACAUCUCGUGCGGCUGGAGGAGCUUACCAUUGAGUAUUGUGCCUGGUUCGAUACGCACGAUUUUAUGGUGCUCUCCAAGCUACCCAACUUACGAUAUCUCAGUCUGAAGGGUUGUGCCAAUAUAAAAGAUAGUGUACCGUACGCCAGCUUAGCGACACGUUUCGGGUUCAAGAAACUGGAGGUACUCGAUUUGCGCGACACACCGAUCUCCGAUUCAGAUGUUAGCUGCUUCAAUAUUGUGCACUCGUUGAAAGAAUUAAGAUUGGAAUGUCCGGAACAUUUGAGAACAGAGAGAGGAUUGAACGAAUAUAAUGAGGCGGAAAGGCUGCGCGUAGAACAAUUGCAUCGUUUGGCCAUGCCUGAUCUACUUCAGAAUGAAGAGGUACAUCGUGCCGGAAACGAUGCGGUUGCUGAUCCAAUUCCGGAUGAAGCACCAGUGGAAGGGAUACAGUUGCCGCCACCUAUUCCACGGCCGAGACAUGGAGUGUUUGAAAUACGCAUCAUACAUGGAGACUAUCCAGGAUACGUGCGUGGUAAUCAGGAUAAUUUGAUACGCAUCGUUCGUGAGCAACCCGUUGCAAAUAAUCCAGCCGGAGCAGCAGGGCCAGCCGCGGGACCGAUAGCAAAUGAGAACAAUAGACAGGACAGGCAAAAUAUUGUACGAAUUAUUAAUAGAGAUUUACUGCUGCAACGAAGGGAAAAUGUCCAACUAAAUCAUCCCCAUCGUGUGUUUCGACGACAAGGAGGUCAAAUGCAGAUCCAAGCUGCUCGGCAACGAAUUUUCGAUGAUGACGGUAACCCUGUACAACGCCCUCGUCCUUACCAACCAGACGAGAGAGUGCAGCCUGGACCGAAUCCUCCAGCUGAGCGCCAAUUACAGCAACGUGAAGGGCAAUUACGGUUGCUUGACGUACCAAACAACAUACCAGCACCUAAUCAGGAGCAGGAAGAACGACCACAGCAGCAGCAACAGCCUCCACAGCAAAACAAUUCUCCGCCUCAACGCGUUCUACCGCAAGUAAUCAUAAUGCCGGGAAAUUUUCAAGAACUCAUUCACAGGCCGGGCAAUGGAAAUCAGCAUCAAAUUUUUGUUAACCUGGGUAUAGGCCAACCAGCACCAAACUAUGUAUCAUUAGUUAGUGAUCGUGGAAUUUGUGCAUACGGUGUGUCGCGAAAUGAAAUGGCGGGAGCUCUUAUGGACGAAAUAUUGCAUCACAAUUUAACUGGUUUGGAGCGGCUAUCUAUACGCAACUAUAAGCUUGUCACCGACACUUCACUCGAUCAUCUGGAAUCAGCAGCACCGCACUUAAAACUUUUAGACGUAACAGGCACAUCCGUAACGGCUCAGGGUAUACGGAACUUUAAGCUGUCACGCCCUAGCUGUGUGGUCAUAUCUGAUCACGACAAAACCGAACACCAAAAAGUUGGUGUUAUACACUCCGAUGCAGUAAGUCUGGAUCGUCUUUAAUGU